UUCUUUGUAUCCCAACUGAACCUUAAUCAUCGAACAUAACACAAUUUGAUCACAUCCUGAUUGACUUUACCUGUAGAAUCAGGUUUCUUUGGAAAAUAAGUCAUUAUUGUUCUGUUUCCGCCAAAGGAGUUUAUUUACUAAAUAUUAUAAACAAUUAAUACAUUAUUUUUAUAGUGUAUUGAUUUUAAGGAUAAGCUAGAUGAUUCUUGGAAUUGUCUAACAUUUAGAGAUAGAUUGGGAUGUAUUAUUAUCUACACUGGAAAUAUUGAAAAAAUGUCGAAAACCAAUAAGGUUUCGCCAGAGAAUGAAACCUUUCAGUAUGAUCCUGAUUUUGAAGGACCAAUUAAAAACAGAUCAUGCACAGAUAUCAUCUGUUGUUUGCUGUUUAUUAUAUUUAUUGGAGGACUUGCAAUAAUUUCAUACUUUGCAUUUAAAUAUGGAGAUCCCUCUUUAUUGCUGAAUCCUGUAAAUUCAGAUGGAGAAAUGUGUGGUAAAGGCAAUCAAGAAGGAAAAGAUUACUUGUUUUUCUUUGACAUGGUAACCUGUGGCAGGAUGGGUGUAGGAGUUUUUGUUAAAGGAUGUCCAACACCACAAAUAUGCGUAUCACAGUGUCCAGAUGUCAACUUUAUUUAUGACCCAUUAGGUGAUGGGACACAGUUCAAUUCUGUCUACUGCAAAAAGACUUAUGCAUCUCAGAGCUUGUCAGAUAUCAUAGAUCAAGAGAUAUGUCCAACAUACUAUCUUAAAAGUGAACCUGUGAUUAAACGUUGUACACCUUCCAUUUUGGUUGACUUUAUUGACAAUGCAGGAGAUCUACUGACUAAGGUUCAGGGAGAGAACUUGACCAAUGUUGUGGACAGUUCAGGCAACAGUCUUACCAAUGACAUCAUUGAAUCUGGACUGGAUGCCUUUGGAAUAUUUUUGAAAGCUAAAGAAUAUGCUGAAAAGAUAAUAGAAGAUGUGGUAACAACAUGGUGGAUGAUACUGUUAGGAAUAUUGAUAGCUAUGAUACUGUCUCUUACAUGGAUAAUUAUAAUGCGAUGGAUAGCUGGAAUCAUGGUGUGGUUUACCAUUUUUGCCUUUGUUGGUGCAUUUGGUUAUGCAACAUAUUACUGUUUAUGGAACUACUUCCAGUUGAAAGACACGAAUGAAACUUUUACAAUGAAUUUUUCUGUUGUAAACUUCAGCUUUUCAAAACCGAAAAUGCUGCUGGCAUUUGGAAUUAUUGCUGGAAUUAUACUCACGAUAAUUCUGUUGAUUUUACUCUUCCUCUGCUCAAGGAUAAGGAUUGCUAUAGCUCUCAUAAAAGAAGGUAGUAGGGCUGUUGGUACCAUGAUGUUUACCCUGAUCUGGCCUUUGAUUCCAUUUGUACUGCAGUUAAUUGUGUUUGGUUACUGGCUUACAAUAGCAGUAUAUUUAGCCUCUACAGGUCGAGCUCAGUCAUUUGCAUUUAAUAAUAAAUCUGUGUAUGCAUAUCCAAACGGCACUUGGAAAUUUGAUGAGAUAACGAGUGCUACGUCACAACUUUUUGGCGAAGUCUGUGAUGAUAAUUCAGCCAAUGAAACAGGCAGUGAAUUUUGUACUUUUCUAAAGAAUCAAGAGGAAAACUUUGUAUUAUACUCACAGAUUUACAACCUGUUUAUGUUGUUCUGGCUAAUCAACUUCUCUAUAGCACUUGGACAGAUGGUCUUAGCAGGGGCAUUUGCUUCCUACUACUGGACCUUCUUUAAACCAGAAGACUUGCCAUUGUUCCCCCUGUCAGGUUCCUUGUGGAGGGCUUUCAGAUAUCAUAUAGGAUCACUAGCCUUUGGUUCUCUUAUUAUUGCCAUUAUACAGAUGAUCAGAGUUGUUCUGGAAUACUUAGAUCAUAAAAUCAAAGGAAAAGAAAAUCCUAUAGCGAAAGUCCUCUUGAAAUGUCUUAAAUGUUGUUUUUGGUGUUUAGAAAAGGUUAUGAAGUUUCUAAACAAAAAUGCUUAUAUAAUGAUAGCAGCACAUGGUAAAAACUUUUGCACUUCGGCAAAAAAUGUUUUCAUGCUUAUACUGAGGAACAUUGUCAGGGUAGUAGUGAUAGACAAAGUUACAGAUUUCCUGUUAUUUAUUGGAAUACUUGUAGUUGUAGCAGCUUCAGGUGCUUUUGCAUUCCUUUUCUUUGAUGGGAGAAUAACAUUCUUGAGUUCCUACACACCAACACUCAACUUCUAUGUUGUUCCUAUUGUGUUGGUAAUUAUUGGAGCUUACAUCAUAGCAAGUGCCUUUUUCAGUGUGUAUGGUAUGGCAGUAGAUACCUUAUUCUUAUGUUUCUUGGAGGAUUUAGAAAGGAAUGAUGGCAGUGCAGACAAACCAUAUUACAUGAGUAGUCAGCUGAUGAAAAUUGUUGGCAAGAAGAAUGUUUUGGCACGCAGAGAUUCUAGAUAAAAGUUUAUAGUGAAUGAACAUUGAUAGAUUAUGGGAGAAAUUGACUAGACAAAUUCUAGACAAAAACUCUAACUUGACAACAUUGUGUCUAUUUCCGUCUAUAUCUGUAACAAAUUAUCAAAAUUUGUAGCAUAAUCAUUUUGUUAUAUUGACAGUUACAAAUCUGAUUUUCAACCCCCAUACGAUGCGUUGUUGGGGAUAUAGAAAUAACAGGUGCCCGUCCAGUCUUACAAGUGCUCUCACAUAUACAAGUCUUGCCAGAUUUUGAUAAUAUUUAUAUCAAAGUUUGAUUUCAGCAAUGUCUCAGAUAAUUUCAGAACUCAUUGCUGAUCGAUUAUUUUUGAAAGAGAAAUGCAACUGGAAACCAUUAAUAGUGUGGAAACUUUAGAACCUUCAAGCAAUGGGAGAAAACUCUUAUCAGUAUUAAUUAAAAUUGAGUUAUCUCCCCUUGAUUUUUAUUUUUUAAUAAAUAAAUGAAGGAAUGUAAAUAAAGCUUAUAAUAAACUAACAAAUUACAAUAUACAUUUUUUAUUAGCAAAUAAAAUGGACAAACUAAUAUCAACCAAUAGCCAGGUUAAAUUUCACUAACAAAGAUAUAUAUUUCCUUAAUCUCAGAAUUCACAUUAAGGGGGCACCUGGGUAUAAAUGAUUUUUUUUUUUUUAAUAUAGGAUUUCGCUAUAUUUUUUCAUAAAUGAACUUUAUCAUAUACUUAAAAGAAAAAUGAAAUAAAAAAAUGGGGUCACCGU